UUAUGGCAAAAUCAUACAGAAAAAAAAAUGAAAACAAUACUUUUAUUAAAGAUAAUGAUAUAUACAAUCGGAUGGAAAAUAAACGGAAUUGCCUUGCGGAACUAUCAAAACUAAAAGGAUCAAGAUUAUAUAUUGGAUGUAUUGACAGACGAGACUGAGGACCUGUGCAUUAAUGUGACUCCUUCAGAUCCGGAACACGCCGUCGUUUAAUUUAUUACUUACCGUUUGAUACUUCCUCUUAGUUUCAGUUUACAAUACGUUUGUCAACAGACGGGCUUUCCCGAGCAGACAGCAAUACACAUGGAACACAGGACAAGCCCUAUCUAUGGAUUAUAUUUAUAGCUGCCGCUUCCCUUAUUUGUAUUCUUUACUUAUUUUACUUCUGUUCGUUUUUGAAGUUCCCAGUUCUCAGUAUGAGGAAUUCACUGGAGAUGAAUUAACAGCAUCUCUACAUCACUUUGAGGUUUUACAUUUCCUUGAUGUAAAACACAGAACAAAACGUUAUGUUGACCCAGAAAAAACAGAGGAUUUCCAUCAAGUAUGGAUAACUGCAUUUGGAAAACAAUUCCACUUGUCCAUGAAGAAAUCGGCGAUUUUGUCGCACGACUUCCACACUACGUUAAUCUACAGAGAUGGAUCUAGUAAAGAUGUCCUUAGUAGUUCAUAUGAUUUCUACUCAGGAACUCUACAUGGCGAGAAAGAUACCCAAGCUAACGUUUAUUGGGAGGACGGCGUUCUCACUGCGAGUAUUGUCACGGCUGACGAAGUGUACUUUGUCGAGCCUGCGAGGAGAUAUGUGCCGACAGCCCAUAAUCACACACUGAUAGUGUACAGGAAGUCAGAUCUGAUAGUAACACAGGACCCAUGGGAUGGAGUAAUGCGUAAUGCAAAGACUUCAUGCAAAUACCAAACAAAUGCCACUGUGAGUCAGGAGGAGAAAGGUCCUAUUAAAGAUCGUGUGAAGCGGGCCGUUGAUUUUGGAAACCGCAAAUACUGCCGAAUAAUUUUGGUUGCAGACCAUUAUUUUUAUGAGAAUAUUGGCCACAGAUCUAUCAUUGCCACCCAGAACUACAUGAUUGGAGUACUAGACAGGGUUAACACAAUAUACCAAGCCACUAGAUGGCCUGACAACUCCGGUGUUACUGGACUCGGGUUUGAAAUCAGCAAGAUAACCAUUCAUCUAGAGCCUUCAGAAGGCGACCAUUACAACCAGGCGAACAGAAAGACAAACAUGGAGGAUACAUUGGAUGUGUUUAGUGCGGAAUUUUUCCUGAAUGACGCCUGCCUUGUUCAUCUGUUCACCUACACAGCAUUCCAACAUGGCCUCGGUCUCGCCUACAUAGCAUCCUGGCGGAGUCGUGAUUUUGGGGGGAUAUGUUCUUCAACAGAUUAUGAUUUAAAGAUUGCGGGUAACACAGGCUUGACAUCCUUGAGGAAUAGAGCGGGAAAAACAGUACUUACUCUACAGUCGACUAUCACCACAGCUCAUGAAUUUGGCCAUAACUGGGGAAGUGGCCAUGACAAUGCAGACAGCUCUGAGUGUAAAGACUUCUAUAUUAUGUACCCAACAUCACAGGAAGGAGCUUACUCAAACAACGUGAUUUUUUCCCCCUGCAGUAGACGAUCAAUUUAUAAGGUACUUGAAGUUAAAGGCAAAGAAUGUUUUAAAGAGAAGAACCCAUACUUUGCCUACUGUGGAAAUGGUCGUGUGGAUAGUGGAGAAGAGUGUGACUCGGGUACACGGACAGACAGCUGUUGUACAGACAAGUGUCUCCUCACCCCAGGGUCAGACUGUAGCCCAUACAACAAGGCCUGUUGUUCACAUUGUAAACUCGCUGUAGCUGGAACAGUUUGUCUGCAGACAGUAGAUGACAACUUUGACUGUAAAGGCAGUUCCCAGUGCAACGGGUUCCAGUACGACUGCCCACCACCCGGGAAGAAAGCAGACAACACAUCCUGUCAGGAUGCCGGUAAAUGUGUAGACGGACAUUGUGUAGGAUUCUGUCAACAAAUGGGCAUGAUUCCCUGUGUAUGUUCCCCUGAGAGUGGCCUAGCCUGCUACAGAUGCUGUAAAGCUGCCAGGGAUUCCAAAUGUGUCAGCUUUACAGAACUACUGGACAACGGCAGGACUUGUUACAAAGGAUACUGCCAGGCGGGUGUGUGUAUCAAAAGUCCAUCACCUAUUAAUAAGUUUUGGAACGCACUGACGAGCCGAGUCAUAGAUUCUUUUGGAACGUUCAUGAGGAACAACAUUGUUUUCUUCAUCACCCUCUUUACGGCGAUCCUAUGGCUGCCAUCAGUUUUGAUAUUUGAGUAUUUUGAAAACAAGAAGAAAAAAGAAGAUGAUUUCUUAAUCAAGAAGCAAGUCAACAAACAUAUGAGAGAGAAAGUAGACAUUCUACCUGAAGGAUCCGAAAAACAAUCUUCAAUACGUCACAUCGGCAGUCUCUCUGUGUCAGAUUUACGGAGCUCCCGCACUCGUGAUUCUGAAGACACGGGGCACAGAACAUCAAAUCAGAUAUCGGACCGUCGGCUAGAGGACGCCGGACAUCCCUCAACACUUUUUAAGUCAGGCAGCCAGCCAUUAUAUACAGAUUCUCAGAAGUUAAGUACACUGCCACAGAGUUGGAAACCAGGAGGAUAUGACCGCAAGCCACAACGGAUUCCCCUCACUGUAGAUAAUCUGUCUGACCAGCGACCGGACAGGAGAGACGCCCCUCGUCACAUAAAUAACCUGUCGUCACAACCACGAAAGUAUCCUUCCAACGCUGAACUCCAAGGACGCGUGUAUACACUGCCCUAUAGUGUACGCCCCCCUGUAGAUAGAUAUACAGGUUAUGGUACAGAGAAUUACAAUAAAGCUAGUACUCUCCCUCUCCCUGUCAGAGGUGUCAGAACGGACAAUGGACAGAGUACUCUCCCUCUCCCUGUCAGAGGUGUCAGAUCGGACAAUGGACAGAGUACUCUCCCUCUCCCUGUCAGUGGUGUCAGAACGGACAAUGGACAGAGUACUCUCCCUCUCCCUGUCAGAGGUGUCAGAACGGACAAUGGACAGAGUACUCUCCCUCUCCCUGUCAGUGGUGUCAGAACGGACAAUGGACAGAGUACUCUCCCUCUCCCUGUCAGAGGUGUCAGAACGGACAAUGGACAGAGUACUCUCCCUCUCCCUGUCAGAGGUGUCAGAACGGACAAUGGACAGAAGCCAAAUAACAACGAUAGGUAUACAUUUGAUAAUGGACCUGGCAGUAUGCAACCUGUUGGUCACUCAUUGUCAAAUCAACCACCGAUGACUUUCAAACCUACUGCUCUACGUAUGUACGACGCAAAUAGCAGCCAUCUUGUUAAUCCGCUGCCAAGUGGAGACGACGGACAGCACUUCGUUCCAAUAAGUCAUCGAUCCUCUGAUACGGACUAUGAAAGUACUCCUAGAAAUCCCCCACAUUCCUAUUACUACCAUGAAAACCCAUAUGAGGAACCUGCGAAUGUUAGUCAAACAUCCAGAGGGCAUGAUGGGAAGGGGCAACCAAUUAGCUAUGAGAAGCUUUCCAGUAACUAUGGGCCACCCAUCAGCACCGAAAAUCUGUCUCGACCCCGGCAAGCAACCAGCAACGAACACCUAACUGGUAACCGUGGCAACCAUUACCAUGAUAACAGAUAUAGUAACCUUGGCUACGAUGGCGAUUCUAUGACAGAAACCAUGAUUUAGGAUAUAUCUUUGUUAAAAGUGUUUUAAUACAAAAAUUAACUGAUACCACCCAAGCCUGCCAUAUUAUAUAUAUUGGGUUGGAUACUUAUUUAGACAGUAUAACACUUGUCCAAUCGUCAAGGCAGAUUGGCCGUACAAGGUGUCCACUAUGCGGAUAUCAGAGUCUAUUGCCUAAGGUUUUGCUUUAAUUUGAUUGGCAUUUUUUGAUGCAUGAGAAUGUAUUUUGUAUGUGUGAGAUUGGAAUUUGACCUCAGGGAUGAGUUUGAAUUGCUGUUUAAGAAACAGGAGUUUGAGGUUCUGUUCAUCAGACCUUGCCAUGUGAUGGAGUAAAUCUGUAUUUUUUUUACUGACAUUAUGCAUACCUGGUAUACUGAUUGAAUCUCAUUAGUGAGAAUCGUUUUAUCAAAAAAAAUUUAACAACUUUGGGGAUUUUUUUUUAUGCAUAAUGUAAAUCAUUUGAUUCCAUAAAACACAUCUUCCUAAAUCUAUUUAUGGUAUUUUAAAGACGACAAUUCUCUUUCUAAAUGGUGUGUUGUGAAAUAACACUGAUGUUGUUGAAUUGCUAUAAUGUUACUUAUAAUCGGAUGUAUGGGAAAUAACAGCUUUAAACAACUGUAUCGCUCACCUGCUUCUAAUGCAACCUUGAAGUUAAUCUUGGUCCUUUAUGUAGAUGCUAAGCUGAUUACCUCUUUAUUCAAAUGUAAGAGUAGGAUAAGUUUAUUCCCUUCAUUAAAUUUUGUAGUCCUUCAUUCCAGCAUAUUACUGGCCCAAUAUCAGAUCUUUUGAUCUCUUGGUUUGGUUUUUGAGAAGUUAUCAUUUAAUGACCUGAACCUGUUUGACCACUAUGAUAGUGAUUGUAAGGCAAUGUCAUUGAAUUAAACAAACUUUGUAGCCCUUCACCCCAGCAUACUACAUGUCCAAUAUCAAUCUAUUGGCCUCUUUAUUAUUGAGAAAAAGUUGUUUAAAGAUUUUAAUGAAUUUGACACCUGUGAUCUUGAAUGUAGGUCAAGGUUAUCCAUUUGAACAAGCUUGAUAACCUUUCAUCCCAGCAUGCUACAGGCCAAAUACUAGGUCUCAUAAUGGGCCUCCUGAUUAUUGAGAAUAAUUAAGUCGUUCAAAGAUUUCGGCCUGUUUAACCCCUGUGAAAUUGAAUUGUAACAAAUUUAACUUGGUGCCCUUUACCCCAGCAUCAUACAUCCCAAUAUCAGGUCUCUGGGCCUCUGGGUUAUUGAGAAGGAGUCAUUUAAAGAUUUAGUGUAUUUUAUGCCUGUGACCUUGAAAAGAGUCAAGGUCAUUCAUUUUAACAAAAUUGGUAGCCUUGCACCUCAGCAUGCUACCAACCCAAGAUCUCUGGUUCUCUUGAUUAUUUACCCUUGAGGCAGGUGAGCUAAAAAGGAGUGACAAAAAUGUUUCCAUUAAUUAGUAGGGUGUUAAUUGUAUGUUUUUGUUUAUAUUUUGUAUAAUUACGUUUGUUGACGGUUAAAAAACCUCAUUAAAUGGCAUAUUUUUUAAUGAUCUAUUUUUGUUAAUCAUAACAUAUUACCUUAUAUUACGGCCAUACUGAUACAUUUAUAACCAUUCCUAAUUAAUACUAUGCAAUCAGAUACAUAAUAUAUUUUUUUUCAUCUUUGCAUUAUAUUUUUGUAAUUUGCAUAAUAAACAAGUCCCUUACUGUAUAACAGUACAGAUGUACCGUAUAUAUUUAUUAAUUUUUUCAACAUUGUAUACAAUAUUAUGUGCAUUAUUAUUUUGAUGAUGUUAUUGAUAAAUUAAUUUUUAAUUAAUGUGAUGUAGAUUUUGUUGACAGUUUGAGUCUUUUCUUACUUCAAACCUGGACAUAAAGAAAUGUUUUCUAUCUAUGUUUUAAAUCAAUCUGGAAGUUUGAUGAAAUUGCUGUCGCAUUGUACUCAAAAUGGGAUGGCAAUUAAGCACUGCCAUAAAACUAGAUUGGUACAGCAUUUUGUAUUUUCAUGAUUAUUCUUUUGUACAUUCCCCACUGUUAGCUGGUCUCAUUACUCAUGGACACAGAAGAGAGAUUAUGUGUUGAACCCCUGAGAUUAUUGCAAAGACAAAGGAUUUUGCUAUAUUUACUGGUAAAUUGCCAAGUUUAUCAGUCAAUCAAUAACCAUGCAGCAUCAAUUGUAUUAGUGUCAAUAAAAGUUUUUAUUUACUUCAGAUCUAUACAUACAAACAUGGUGAUCGAUCCCAGUGUCAAUAUCAUCUAAAUUUGUCACUGUCAGGUACUGAUCUAGACUGUUUAUUAUAGCGACAUUGAUACAUCUCUUGGAGCAGGUAUCCUGGUCACAUGAUAGAUGAUGGAUCUGAGGUCAUGUGACGAGUUUGAGGUCAUGUGAUGAGUUUGAGGUCAUGUGAUGAGUGUGGGGCCCUGUGAUGAGUUUGAGGCCCUGUGAUGUGUUUGAGACCCUGUGAUGGGUUUGGGGGCCUGUGAUGUGUUUGGGGGCCUGACGUGUUUGGGGGGCCUGUGAUGUGUUUGAGGCCCUGUGAUGUGUUUGAGGCCCUAUGAUGUGUUUGAGGUCAUGUGAUGUGUUUGGGGGCCUGUGAUGGGUUUGGGGGCCUGUGAUGGGUUUGGGGGCCUGUGAUGGGUUUGGGGGCCUGUGAUGAGUUUGGGGCCCUGUGACGAGUUUGAGGCCCUGUGACGAGUUUGAGGGCCUGUGAUGAGUUUGAGGCCCUGUGACGAGUUUGAGGUCAUGUGACGAGUUUGAGGCCCUGUGAUGAGUUUGAGGCCCUGUGACGAGUUUGAGGUCAUGUGACGAGUUUGAGGUCAUGUGACGAGUUUGAGGUCAUGUGAUGAGUUUGGGGGCCUGUGAUGGGUUUGGGGGCCUGUGAUGAGUUUUAGGCCCUGUGAUGUGUUUGAGGCCCCGUGAUGUUUGAGGCCCUGUGAUGUUUGAGGCCCUGUGAUGAGUUUUAGGCCCUGUGAUGUGUUUGAGGCCCCGUGAUGUUUGAGGCCCCGUGAUGUUUGAGGUCCUGUGAUGAGUUUGGGGCCCUGUGAUGAGUUUGGGGCCCUGUGAUGAGUUUGAGGGCCUGUGAUGAGUUUGGGGCCCUGUGAUGAGUUUGAGGGCCUGUGAUGAGUUUGGGGCCCCCAUGAUGUUUGUGGCCUGUUUGAAGCCCUGUGACAGAGCAUAAAUGAAAGAUGUCUUCCUUUAUGGAGUUUAUCUUUGUGCCUCCAUGUACAAUUGUUCAUGUAAAAAAUCAAAUUAUAAACACAAUGUUUCAUAUACAUUAAUGUUCCUGAUCCAAAGGUUUAAGAUUGUGAAAUUACCUGUUGUGAUUGUGUGGUGUUUAUACAUUGUAUACUUGGAUACAGACCUGAUGGACCUGUUGUAACAGGAUAAUUAGCCUACCAUCAUCAGAUGUUGGGCAAUUCAAAUCGCUCUGCAUUCGUGGUCUGUCUGUAUUGGUCUAUCGUAAGUUCGUCCGUAAACAAUACUCUUUUUAUUGAAAAGUUCUGGAGGGAUAUUUUUCAAACUUCAUAUUUAGGUUCCCCUUGCAUGGGGAAAGAAAGAAGGGAAAAGUAGAGAGAAGAUCAAUCUGACAUGGAACCAAUUAAGAUCAUUCAAUGGUGGGUGCCAAGAUCCCUCCGAGAUCUGUAGUGUAGUUUAUUAACCCACCUGUGGUUGAGGCAGCUUAAUUAAUUUUAUAGAUUUAUUGGUACAUGGUGUCUUUGAUAAACAUGUUUACUCAGAUGAAACUAUAUGCAAUCUGGUUGUGAUAAUAUCUGUUUGGUGUUUGUAAUGUGUGUAACACUAAUUGUUUAUAUGUCUUGUGAUUGUUACGUGUGUAACACUAAUUGUUUAGAUCUGUCUCGUGUUAGUAACAUGUGUAACACUUACUGUUUAUAUGUCUUGUGAUUGUUAGGUGUGUAACGCUAAAUUGUUUAGAUCUGUCUCGUGUGUAAAACUAAUUUUUUAUAUCUGUCUCGUGAUUAUAACAUGUGUAACACUAAUUGUUUAUUAACUCACCUGGUUCGCUGUCAUCCUUCAUCUUUUCCUUUAAAUGGCUUUAACCAGUCACAAACAACUUGGUGGAUUUUGGCCAAACUUUGUCAGAAGCAUCAUUAAGGAAAGGGAUCAAAUUUUGUAUGCUGAAAGAGGGCAGGGCCCAAUAGGGGAAAUAGAAAUAUUCUUUAAAACACUUAUAGUCAUGAAUGACAACAGAUUUUGACCAAGGUAAGGAAGGGGAAAACAUUAUGCCUAAAUGGUGACUCAGGUCCCCCUGGGGCAUGAUGGACACUGCUGAAAUUGAGGUAAUUUCUUUAAAUGGCUACUAUUCAUUUGAGUGAUACAGGCCCCUUGGGCCUCUUCUAUCUAACUUGUGUUAGGAACGGUUGUUUGUACAGAAUUUUACAUUGCUCACAAUAGUUCAUUUUCACUCAUUGCUCAUACUAGGUUAUAAGGAUUACUGAAAAUAUUUUAUAGUUAAUCAGAAUUUGAAGAUAACAGCUUUAUAAAUAUAUACCAAUUACAUGUAGUUGUAUUUGAUACAUAUCAUUAUCAUAUGUUGUAUAACAUAUUCAUGUUUUUUGUUUACAUAUACUGUAUUGUUUAUGUCCAGUAAAUGGUUUGUGUAGUAAAAUCAUAUCAAAAUUGCAAGGAGCUUAAUUGUAUCUAUAUCUUGUUCUUUUUAACUUUUUAUCUUAAGAUUUUAUUAUGUAUUUGAUACUUUCAUUUGUCAUCAUAUUUGGUGAAAGAAUUGAGAUUUAUUUUCUAUUAAAAAAAUAUUUAUCACUAA